UGAAGCGGUUGUAUCUUGGUGGUGCCCCAAGCAGCCGAAACGAACCGAACCGCCAACAGAGAACAUCACCAUACUCAGUUGGCCAAAAACCAUUCUUUUGCCUUUUACCUCCAGUGGAUUACCUUUGCCCUAAAGAAAUCGAAAUAUAAAUCGAAAGCAACAAGCAACGCAGAUAAAACUGUCCAAGUGAACACACAAACAUCGAGUUGAACAAAACCCAUGAAGUGCGCGAAAUGUUGAGCUACGUGUAAAAGCGAUUUAAAAGGAUCUUAUAACUCUGUGAGAUACUUAGAUACAAAUCAAAGAUACAAAUCGAAAGCAGAAAGAAAGUGGCUAGUGAUCCCCCAGAAUUCUUCGCAGAGUUCUAAACGACGAAAUCCGUUCUGUUACUUGCGUGAAAAAGUUACAACCACAAGAUGACUAGAAGACGUUCGAGUCCGCCGGGACUCGAGGAGCUGCUGUAUCUGUCGCUCGUCCUGCUGGCCAUGGCUUUGAUACCCACACAAGCCGCCCCGGUCCAGGAGUACACGGAGAUCCAACAGUAUUCGGAGGGCUGCUACUACAACUAUGCGCAUUACCAGGAGGGCGACCGCAUCAUGACCAAUGAGCCAUGUCUGAACUGCACCUGCCACAACCGCAUGCUGAUGUGCUACCUGCGCGUCUGCCCCUUCACCAAGCCCAUUGGCCACGACUGCAUCGUGGAGAAGCGGGAGGACCAGUGCUGCCCCAUCAUCACCUGCCCCGAAGUACCCGUGGACGUGCCGUAUCACUCGCCGGAACCCGGCACCGAAUUGAGCAUUCCCGAGAAGUUCGGCUGCAGCAUCGAGGAGAAGUUCUACCCGGAGGGCGCCCAGGUGCCAUCGAAUCCCAAUAAGCCAUGCGAACUGUGCUACUGCAUCAACAACCAGACCAAGUGCGUCAUGCAGGAGUGCACUCUGCACGUGGACGGCUGCCUGCCCAUCUACAACAAGGGAUCCUGUUGCCCAGUGCGUUACAGUUGCGACCAUGAAAACGAGUUGGACUUUGUGGACCAGUCGACCACGACGACCACCACCACCGUGCGACCCACCACUGGCUUCAUCCUGGAGAGCACCAUGACACCAGCCACCACCAUGGACUGCAUCCACGAUGGCGAGAUCUAUGCGGAUGGUGCCUCCCUGAAGGGCAAGAAUGCCUGCGAGCACUGCUACUGCAUGCGUGGUGAUAUCGUGUGCGCCGUGCAGGAGUGCGAGGUGCCCAUGAUGGCGGCCAAUGGAAAGUCCUGUCGCGCAAUGCCAGCCGCCGAGGGCGAGUGCUGUCCGAGCAACUACGUCUGCGAGGACGACAGUGCCACCACCGAAAUUGUUGAGCUCACCACGCCAGAGAGUGCCACAUCCGCUCCGACCAAGGGCAUUCAUGCCGAGAUUCCCAAGGAGGAUGUCGAUCUGCAGGAGCACAUCGAUGACGAGGAUAAGGAUAAGGAGACCGCCACCAUUCCCUCCGCCGAGCUGGGCAGCGGUGAGGUUGAGGAGGAGGAAGAGGACAAGAUCACCACGGUUGCACCAGUGCACGUCACGGACGAGAAGGACUUCUCCUUCGAGCCCGAAUCCUCCACCGCCGGCAUUCCAUCCGAUUCCAGAAUCGAUUUACCAUCGUCCACCGAGGAGUCGAAGGAAUCGUCCACUGAAGCUGCCGAGGAAGAUAUCGCCAAGAUCGUCACCACUCCAGAGCCCGAGGGUAGCGGCGAAGAGGAUGUGCCUAAGCCUGACGACAUUCCCGAAAAGGAAGUCACUGAAGAGGAACUCAUUAAGGUCAGCACUGCUGCUCCAGCCAAGGCCAGUCCUGAAGAUGAAGUGGUCAAGGCCACCACUUCAGCGCCUUCAGAGGAAGAUGUUAAGGCAACAACCGCCGGCACAACCAGCGAGGAAGAGGAAGAGGGCAAACCCACACCUGCAGAGGAAGGAAGCGGUGACGAGAAGAAGGAUGUCCAGGUCACUGCUGCUCCAGAGGCAAGCGAAGAUGAAGCCAAGCCCACUUCCGCCCCAGUGGCGAGCGAUGAAAAGGAACAGGAGCCCAUGCCAAGUGAGGGCAGUGGUGAAGAAGAGCUGGAUCUCAAACCUACAACAACAGCUCCAACGGAAGGUGAUGCAGAUAAGGAUGCUACUCCAGCUCCUGAAGAAAGUGAGGAGCAGGAUGAAGGCAAGUCUACUGAAGCGCCAACCUCCAUCGACGACGUUGAGCCACCCAAGCCAACUGAAUCCUCCGAGGAAGCCAGCGGAGAAGGAGAAGAUGUUGCCAAGGAAACCACACCCGCUGGAGAAGCCGGCAUUGCUGGAGAGGAAGAGAUCGUCAAGGCAACCACACCAGCUGGCGAACUUAGCACUGAAGGCGAAGAGGAGAUCGUUAAGGGAACCACCCCUGCCGAAGAAUCCAGUAGUGAAGGUGAGGAAGAGAUCGCCAAGGCAACCACUCCUGCCGGAGAAUCUAGCAUUGCUGGAGAAGAAGAGAUUGUUAAGGCCACCACCCCUGCUGGAGAACCUAGCAGUGAAGGAGAAGAAGAGAUCGUUAAGGCCACCACCCCUGCUGGAGAAUCUAGCAGUGAAGCCGAGGAUGAGAUCGUUAAGGCCACCACCCCAGCUGGAGAACCCAGCAUUGCUGGAGAAGAAGAGAUCGCCAAGGCAACCACUCCUGCUGGAGAAUCUAGCAGUGAAGGAGAAGAAGAGAUCGUUAAGGAAACCACCCCUGCCGGAGAACCCAGCAUUGCUGGAGAAGAAGAGAUCGCCAAGGCAACCACCCCUGCCGGAGAACCCAUCAGUGAGGGCGAAGAGGAUGUCAUUAAGGCCACCACUUCUGCUCCCAAAUCCGACUUUGAAGGCGUCAAGGAACCUGAGACAGCCACAGAAGUUGCAGCAGGAGAAGGCGAGGACUUCGCCACAACUCCAAUUGCUGAGGCUGAGGAAGAACCCAUUGCCGGAACACACAUUCCAACUGACGGUGUCAGUGGCGAAGAGGAGUUCGUUAAGGUCACCACUCCAAAGACCCUGGAAGAGCAGCCUGAAAUUAGCGAAGAGUCCACCGAGGUGCCCGUCGCUGAGGAGGAUCUUUCGAGCUCGACCAGUGCCCCAGGAAUUGCCACCUCGACCGAAGGUGUCCAGGAUGUUGCAAUUGAAACGACUUCCAGUGCUCCUGCCCGAGCUGGAUACAAGGAGGAAGCAGGCACCGCUGCGCCCAUUGCCGACGACAAAGACUAUGCUGAGGAGGUGGAACAGGAUGCCACAGACUUGCCAGUCGAAGAUGCUGUCCAGAGCACAACUGCAAAGACCACAACCACCACCACCACCGAGCAGCCCAAGGAGGAGUCCUCUACUGAAGCUGAGGAGGCUGAAAUCGAAGUCACCACCAGUAGUCCCGUCGAUAAACAAGAGGUGCCAGAAGCUGAACCAGCAGACAAGGAUCACAAGGACGAGGAAGAUGUACAGACCGCCACUGAUCUGCCCACCAAAUCUGAUGUUGUGCCACCUGUUGUCGAUACCGAAGCUACCACCAGUGAGCCUGAAACCGGUGAUGAUACCGCUACCGAUAAGCCACCAACUGUUUAUCUGCCUCCUGGUGAGGAGAAGGAUUCUGAGAAGGAAGAGGGAACUGCUACGGAGUCCUCUGUCCAAGAGGAACCAUCUAAGCCUGUGGACACUCCAGUGUCCCACGAGACUCCAUCCACCACUGCUAAAGUUGACACUCGCAACGACUUCGAAACGGAGAAACCAACCCUGCCACCAAGUGCCGAGGAUCAGAGCUCCGAGCCCCUGCCCGCCAUGGAUCUGCCCGCUGCUAUUCCUGGCGAAGGUGACUGUCUGGUGGAGGGCAAGACCUACGCCAACAACACCAUCGUUCCCGCCACCGCACCCUGCGACGUGUCCUGCAGAUGUAUCAGCAGCCUCGUGGCCUGCGAGCAGAUGGAGUGCAAGAAGCCCGCCAACCUGGAGAAAUGUACCGUGGCAGCCGAUCUUGUUGAUGGUUGCUGUCCCACUUACAUCUGCGAUGAGAGCCCUGAAAGUGCUGAACAGGAUCAGGAAUCCACCGCCAAGCCAGACGAUAAGAUCGACGAGGAUGUCUCAGAGAUCAGCACUGAGGAGAUUCCCAAGGAUGUCAUCAUGCCUACUGGCAUCACUGAGCAGCCUCUUUCUCAUGUCAAGCCCGAUGAAGAGAUCCAGCCAGUGACCUCCAUUCCGCCACAGGUUGAUGAAUCUACGACUGCUAAGGUUGAUAAGAAACCAAUUGAUGAAUCCGCUGAGGACUCGAAACCAAUCGAUGAAUUCGCUGAGGACAAGAAACCAAUCGAUGAGUCUGAGGAGGACAAGAAACCAGUCGCAGAAUCUGAAGAGGAUAAGAAACCAGUCGCAGAAUCUGAAGAGGAUAAGAAACCAGCUGAAGAUUCCGAGGAGAAGGAGAAACCAUCGCCUGCUGUCACUCCAGCGGGUGAGAUUGAAAUGGAAUCCCAGCCCGAGGACGAGAAGAAGACUGAGGGUGAAUACGCUGGACCCACUGAACAGCCAGAGGCUUCAACUCCCGCCCAGUUUGCCGACACUGCUGAGAAGGAGGUUGAUGAUAAACUGGCCACCACAUUCGCUCCCAUUUCUAGCGAGGAUGAGCUCAAGCCUGCCGAUGAAAAGAAACCCACUGAUGAAGCGCAAAUCCCAGAUGCCGAAAUUCCUGCCAGCAGCACUGAGCCCGAGUUCUCGACUGAGCUGCCUGCUGCUGAUCUUGACAAGAAACCAGAAGAGGAUUCAACCAAGGCCACUGAGGCGCCUGAGUCUGAUAAGGUUCCUGAAGUUCCCACCAGUGCUCCAGCUGAAGAUGAGAUUGAGGAAUCCGACAAAUUCACGACUGUUGCUCCACCAAAGACUUCUGCUUCUGACGAAACCGAGCCCGCUGGUGAGGAAGAUCUCGUGCCCGCAACCUUUGAGCCCGUGGAAAGCGAAUUUGAAGUUAGCACCAAGAAGCCAGCCGUGCAAGGACCACCACUGCCCACUCUUGCCCCAGCUCAGCCAGAGAAGAAACCAGUCGAUGAAGAGGACUCCACUGAGGCUGAGAUCAGCACUGAACCAAGCGCCGAAGUUGAAAAAGAAACCUCUGGUGAAACAUCCGAGUCCGACACCAAAAUCGAGUCUCCUACUACUGCUGCUCCUGUUGCUGCUGAAGAGGAGGAGGACAAGACUCCAAGCACUGAUAAGACUGUCGAGGCCGAAGAGAAGGUCACCACUGUUGCGCCAGUUGCUGGUGAUGAAGAGGAGGCCAAUUUGCCCAAGCUACCACAAGAUAUCUUUGAAGAGGAAUUGCCAGCCGCGGUUACCACCGCUGCUCCAUCGAAGGUCGAGGAUGAACAGAAACCCGUCGACGAUGGAGAGAAACAGGUCGAAGAUGGUCAAAAGCCUAUUGAGGACGAAACCUCUACAUCCGCUUCAGCUGAAAAUGAGAUUGAGCCUGAAUCUGAUCGUGCCACCACUACUGCUCCUACUAAGGAAGAAGCUGCCGAACCAUCCACUGGUGCUCCCGAAUCUGACGAGAGCAAGGAAACGCCUGAGUCCGAAGUGGCCACAACCGUUGCUCCUGCUGAUGAGAAGAUUCCAACAAGCGGCAUCACUCCCGAUGAGGAACCAACUGCCACUUCUGCUCCUGUUGCCAAGCCUGAUGAAGAUAUAGAGAAGGAAACCAGCACUGAAACUCCUGCUUCUUCGGAGGAGGAUGAAGAUACCUCUACUGCUCAAACUCCAUCUGAGGUGCCCGAAAAGAAACCUGAAGCUCCUGCCCAGACUCCAGAAGAGGAAGAGGAAACUGUUGGUGCCACUACUGCUCCAACAACCUCCGAUGAAGUGCCCCCUAUUCAGGAACUGCCUGAGGAUGUCCUUGCCGAGAUCCCGCAACCCUCGACUGAGACUGGAAUUAAGCAGCAAGACGAAACAACAGCUGCUCCAAGUGUUGAACCCUCUGUUAAUGAAAUCGAUCAAGAAGCCACCACAGUCGCUCCUAUCGCCGAGAAGGAUGAGAAGCCAACUGAUGAGGAGAAACCAGUGGUCCAGAAACCAACUGGAGAAGAGCCAUCUGAGGACGAAGAGAAGGAGCAACCCACAGGACAGGAUGUAUCCACUGAGGGAUCAGCAUCUACUGAAGCUAUUGAAGAGGGUUCUACCGAAUCUUCUGAAGAAGUUAAGCCGUCGACUGAAGGAGAUGUUGCCAAGCAGCCUGAGGACAAGCAGCCCUCUUCGACUGCCCAAGCUCCUGUUGAAACAGUUCCCGAAAUCUCCACUGAGCUGCCAGCUGAAGAUGCCGACAAGCCCACAAGCGUGUCUCCUGUUGUCGCCGAAGAAGAAACCUCCGCUCCGUCCGACGAAAAGAUUCCCUCCGUUUCCGGCGAGGAAGUCGAAAGCCCAGAAGUCACAACUUCCUACCCACAAGCUGGCGAAGAUGACGAAAUCAAGACUCCCGCGUCUGCUGAACCCUCUUCCACUGACAAGACACCAGAAACUGAAGACCAGAAGCCCGAGGACGAGAAGAAGGCUGAUGAGACCCCUGAGUCUGCAACCGAAGUGUCUGAUGUGGCGUCAUCCACAGCGGCCCCAGUUGCUGGUGGAGACAUUGAGAAGGAGGAACAAGCCACCACAGCCUCACCUGUCGAGGAGGAGGAGGAAGAAGAGAUCAAGCCAACUAUCGCCCCAGCUGCCGAAAUUCCUCAAUCAUCCGAAAAGGAGACCGAGGAAGAGCAAGAAGUGGAGUCCGGAACUAAGGCCACCACUGCAGAGUCUGACGAGCAGCCCAUUGAUGAGACUGUCUCUGCGACUUCGGUACCCAUUGAUGAAGCAUCCACAGUCGCUCCUACCAAGGAGGAAUCUACCACCACUGCUAGCCCAGCUUCACCUGCUGUUCACGAGGAUGUCACCACUGUGCAACCAGUUGCCGAUGAGAAGGAAGUGGCUGCUCCUCAGGACGAUACAAAGACAUCCAUUGAUCUGUCCACCGAUACUCCCAUCGCCCCAGAGGAUGAGGAGCAAGACAAAACCGAGUCUCCAGUUGCACCCACCACUGUUGCAUCGCCAGCCGCUGAUUCUGCUGUUGAUUCUACUACUCCUUCAGUGGAGGUUCCAUCUGCUGUCGAAAUCGACACGAAGCCAAUGGAUGAAUUCAUGUCCCAGACUAUUGCUCCUCAUACCGCCGAUGAGUCUGCGUCCACGUCCGCUGAAGAUGAAGACCAGUCUCCCGUUACUGUGUCUCCUCAGGAUGCUGACAAGACUCCAGUUUCCGCGGCUCCCCAGGAUUCUGAUAAGACUCCGAUCUCAGAGGCUCCCCAGGACGCCGACGAAAUCCCAGCUACAGCUGCACCUCUUGACGACGACAAGAUUCCAGCCACUGUGGCUCCUCAGACUGAUGAUGAGGUUCCAGCUACCGCAGCUCCUCUCGAUGAAGACAAGAUCCCAGCUACUGAGGCUGCUCUUGAUGAGGAGAAGAUUCCAUCCACAGCUGCUCCUCUUGAUGAUGAAAAGAUUUCUGCUCCAGUUAGCCCCGUUGUUUUCGAUGUGGAGCCAAGCAGCGAGAAGCCUGCUGUAUCUGAGGAUGCUGCUGAAGAGAGCACCGAACCAGCUGACCAUGAUGAGCAGACUAGCACUGAUGAGCCCACUGGUGAUGCCAAACUGAAGCCACCCACUUCUGCGCCUGCCAUUCCAUCGGAAUCCCCAGCCACAGAGGCGGAGAUUGUGCCAGAAACUGCAGCUCCAGAGGUUGAAAAGGAGGUGCCAGAGAAGGCCACUGAACAACCCGAGCUGGAGAAGGAUACCCCAGAGAAGGCCACGGAACAACCCGAGCUGGAGAAGGAAACUCCAGAGAAGGACACCGAGCAGGCAGCGAAGGAGACGCCAGAGAAGGCCACCGAGCAGCCAGAGCUGGAGAAGGAGGUCCCAGAGAAGGUAACAGAGCUGCCGGAGCUGGAGAAGGAGACCCCAGAGAAGGUAACAGAGCAACCGGAAUCGAUCGAUGAGAAGACCACUCAGGAGCCAGUCGUGAAGCCCAGCUUGGAUUCCACGGAGGAGGAUGAAGAGUCCGUUGAGUCCGAGGAGGAAUCCGUUGACAAGAAGACAGAGGAGCCUGAGGUGCCCGCUGUAGUUUCGGAGAUUACUCAGCCAAGUGAAGAGGCCGUUCCCACCACUGGUCACCCACUGUUCCCGCACCUGGCCAGCAGCACCACCACGGCGCCAGCCAUUGUCGACCGCGUGGGCGAGGAGGAUGAGGAGAACACCACUGUCAAAUUGAGUAGCUCUACCACCACCAGCACCACAGAGGCUCCUGUAACCAGCGCACCAUCCACGACGACGGUGGCCAGCCAACAGCAACAGCCGAUUACCCCGCCGCCCUACGGCCACGCCCCCGAGUACGAGGAUGAGUACGACGAGGAGGAGGUGUUCGGACCCGGUACCUGCCGCUACGCCGGCAAGCUGUACGUGUCCGCCCAGCAGAUUCCACGUGACGAUCCCUGCGACUUCUGCUUCUGCUUCCGAAGCGACAUCAUCUGCUUGCAGCAAUCGUGCCCGCCGCCAAUCGCCGGCUGCCACGAGGAGCCCAUCUCCGGCUUCUGCUGUCCGCGCUACGAGUGCCCCGUGUCCAUGGCCGCCGUGCUGAACAUCACCACGAGCACCACCACCACCAGCACCACCCUGCCGCCCCACUUCCUGCACUAUUCGCACGGCGAGGCGGUGAAGCACACCGGCUGCCUGAUCAACGGCCGUUCCUACCGCGUGGGCGAGCAGAUCGAGUCCACGAGCGGUCCCUGCAUCAGCUGCACUUGCGGUGGAGACGGCAAGAUGAAGUGCGAUCCCCAGCAGUGCGUUCCCGAACCCACCAUGCAGCAGGUGAUGGCCGCCGUGGCGUCGGGACGCAAGAGAUGAACCACCAGCCAUGCUCACUAAAUAUAAUUUAACUAAUUCUUAAGCACUGCAGACAACAAUCACGAACCGACGAACCAACCAGCCCAGAUAGCACCACUCGCCAACUAGCAGCAAUAGCAAUAGCAAUCAUAGAGCCAGGAAUCAGCAACCAGAUAAAGAACAGAAAUAGAAACAGAAAUCUUGAAACCGGAAAUCCGAAACAGAAAGUCCGGAAAAGAAUAGGCGACAAGCCAGGCCAAAUGCAAUAGUGUAACAGAGAACCAGAUGCAAUAGUGUUAAUUUUGGGUUACAUACGACAUACGCACUCUAUCAAUUGGAUUAUGCCCACUUGUUUCGGAUUAGGUUACGGUGACGAAGCAACCAGUGAUAUUGUACUGUAUACAUAGUAUAGGUGCAAUUAAUUUAGACGCGCUCACUUAAAUCGAUUACUUAUUUGUAUUUGUAUGUGUACUAGUAUUUUUGGGCUUGUGACCCUAGUGACAGGACAUAUAGCCACCACAGCAGCCGACGUAGCGCGUGCCUUGUAAGGUCGUUCAUUGUGCCCGCCGCCAUACAAUCGCUUUCAGGAGACUCUCAGCACCCCACACCACACAACACCACACCACACAUAGGUAGAGCGAAGAUAUUCCGGACACGGAUCGCAAUCAAUGGCGUUACGAAGCCACGGCAUUCGGCCGCCGGUUGGGUUUCUACACUUGCCCCCCAGCCGGCGGCUCACUCUUCUCCAAUGCGCUUUUAUAGUAUUUUAGUCACCUUAUUUUAAACAUUAUUAUUUUUGUGUAUAAUUGUUGCUUCUAGUCUUCUUUUGUUGCAAGAGCAACGGAAUCCGCCUGUAACACGCGCACAACCCGAUCGAUCGUUCGAUCUUAUCACAUUACAUCAGAUCAGAUUAAAUUAAUGUAGAUCGAAUCAGAUUGGAUCGUAUCAAGUUGAAUCAAAUUGAGUUGAGUUGAGUUGAGUUGAAAAACUGUAUCUUCUAUGAACUAUUCCAAGCUUUUAUACUUUUAUAUACAGAAUACGUGUAGAGUGGAGAAACGAACGAACUAGUUUUUAUAGCAAUUUUACAAACGAACGCACGAAUUGCAUAGUUUUAACGGAUUGAAUUUGUACUUCGCCCGCUGCACCUGCACAGGCACCCGUGUCAGGUGCAAAUGAGGUGGCCAAACCGUAGUCUACAUAGAAUUUUUAGAUCAACUGAAACUGAAACGGAAACGGAAACCGAUUACGGCACCGGAAACACACUCUCGGCCAUCGCUACUGCUCGACUGACUGAAAAUCGCGCCGAAGUUCGUAGAGAGGAGCUAUCUUUGUAAACUAUUUUUUUUAACUACCAGCUGCCGCGCUGGUCAUUACUUUAUUGGUCGUAGAAUAGAACGAAAAGCCUGGAUCGGAUCUUCAGUCACUUGAGCCUUAGCAAUGCGCCGAAUUCUUCAAGCGUUUGAAUCGCGCUGAAUGAAUACGAACAUCAAUUAGUUUUAUAUAAUCUCUAACUAUAGUUGUAGCCCUAAGUAUUUAAUUUUAAAAAUAAAUAAAUAAAUUUUAAUUUAGAUCCUAUUUAUUUGAUAUGUCUUUUAAGAACAGCUCUUGUGUUUCCAUACCUUAUCAUAAUUUAUAUGCAGCUAUUCUUUGUAAUCUAAUAAAUA